AUGAUAUACUCCACGGUUGUCAGUGAGGGAGGACCAUUACCUCCUCCUGUCGAGAUCAAUGGAAGAUUGUAUCCUGAUGAUAUGCCUAAAGAAUACACCAAAUUCUCAUUUUUCGAGGAUAUCAUAUCUCUCCCACCGCAAUACCUAAAUAAAUGGUUGAUCUUGCACGGUGAACGUCCAGAAAUCUUCAAGUCGAUGGACCAUCUCGACAGAUCCAAAUUGUUGUUCGUGCUUAAGGGAGGUACGAUGAAUGAUUCAGUGAGGAAGUACGAGAAGGAAAGGAAUGAGAAGAGGACUUUGGAGACUAUCGACCUCACAGGAGAGGAUGGGAAGCCUAAAAGACCCAGAAGGAGCUGUACGAAGAAAUAG